UCUAGAUCAGGUUCGAAACUGGGUCACGUGGGGUCAAAAACUAGGUCAGUAGGUCUAAAAAUAGAAAAACCUUGUGACCUCUCUAGAGGCCAUAUUUCUCAAUGGAUCUUCAUGAAAAUUGGUCAGAAUGUUCACUUUGAUGAUAUCUAGGUCAAGUUCGAAACUGGGUCAUGUGGGGUCAAAAACUAGGUCAGUAGGUCUAAAAAUAGAAAAAAUCUUGUGAUCUCUUUAGAGGCCAUAUUUCUCAAUGGAUCUUCAUGAAAAUUGGUCAGAAUGUUCACCUUGAUGAUAUCUAGGUCAUGUUCGAAACUGGAUCACGUGGGGUCAAAAACUAGGUCAGUAGGUCUAAAAAUAGAAAAACCUUGUGACCUGUCUAGAGGCCAUAUUUCUCAAUAGAUCUUCAUGAAAAUUGGUCAGAAUGUUCAUCUUGAUGAUAUCUAGGUCAAGUUCGAAACUGGGUCAUGUGGGUUCUAAAACUAGGUCAGUAGGUCUAAAAAUAGAAAAACCUUGAGAUCUCUUUAGAGGCCAUUUUUCUCAAUGGAUCUUCAUGAAAAUUGGUGAGAAUGUUCACCUUGAUGAUAUCUAGGUCAAGUUCGAAACUGGGUCACGUGCGGUCAAAAACUAGGUCAGUAGGUCUAAAAAUAGGAAAACCUUGUGACCUCUCUAGAGGCCAUAUUUCUCAAUGGAUCUUCAUGAAAAUUGGUGAGAAUGUUCACCUUGAUGAUAUCUAGGUGUGGUUUGAAACUGGGUUACGUGUGAUCAAAAACUAGGUCAGUAGGUCGAAAAAUAGAAAAACCUUGUGAUGUCUCUAGAGGCCAUGUUUCUCAAUGGAUCUUCAUGAAAAUUGAUCAGAAUGUUCCUCUUGAUGAUAUCUAGGUCAAGUUCGAAACUGGGUGACGUGCGGUCAAAAACUAGGUCAGUAGGUCGAAAAAUAGAAAAACCUUGUGACCUCUCUAGAGGCCAUAUUUUUCAUGAGAUCUUCAUGAAAAUUGGUGAGAAUGUUCACCUUGAUGAUAUCUAGGUCAGAUUCAGAAGUGGGUCACGUGCCUUCAAAAACUAGGUCAUUAGGUCAAAUAAUAGAAAAACCUUGUGACCUCUCUAGAGGUCAUAUUUUUCAAUGGAUCUUCAUGAAAAUUGGUCAGAAUUUUUUAUCUUGAUGAUAUCUAGGUCACAUGUGCUCAAAAACUAGGUCACUAUGUCAAAUAAUAGAAAUAACGACGUCGUACUCAGUUCAACACUGGGUCAUGUGGGGAUAGGUGAGCGAUUCAGGACCAUCAUGGUCCUCUUGUUACACUAAAUGUUUAAGAUUAGAUGACAGAUUGUGUUUGUUUUUACAGCUUUAUGCUUCCAGGGGCUUUGUAGAGCAGUAUCAGAGAUCAUAUUGAGAGUUAAACCCUUGCCCUGCUAAAUUUCUAUAAUGAGCUUGUCCAUCUUUCAAUUUGGACAGUACCAUUAACUGUUAAAAGGGGUGCUUACCAAAAAGAUACUGACUGAAUGGUGAACAGUGCAAAUCAUGAUCAGACUGCACGGAUGUGCAGGCUGAUCAUGAUCUACGCUGGUCUCAAAGGCAGAAUUAAUCAUGUCCAGCAUGGUAAGGGUUAAAAACACAGUUAUAAAAUUGACCAAUGGAUACUUUCCUGAAUUACUUUGGUAUAAGUUUUGUAUUCUUCAGUAUUUUUCAUGCAUUUCUUUUUGAUUUAUAGGAAUUGCAGAACAGCCAGAGACAAUUUUGUUUCAGAAUUAUCUUAUCAGUAUAUUUAUGAAGUAAUUUCAAAGAAAUCUAUUACAAACCUUUAUAUAAAUAUUUGUUUUCAUAAAUUAAUUAUGUAGUUGAUGUUUUUGUUGCAGGGCAUUGGUUUUAAUUUAGAUUAUAUUGUAUUUAGAUUGUUAGCAGUUAAUUGUCUAGAAAUGAAUAUAAAAACAUUUUGUUUAUCUUUUUAUAUCUAAAAUUUUGAAUUUAGUACAGGUGGUUAUAGAAUUUAUUUUGGCAGAAUAUACAUCAGGGAAUUUUUCUUUAAGGAAAUAAAAUUGCCAUACAGGAAUUGAAUAGACAGAAAUACUAAAAAAAUGUACAAUAUUUGUACAUUAGUAGGACAUGUGAAGUCACAUUUCAUUUUGUUGGCAUGCAAUAUUGAGUGUUUUGCCAAACAGCUACUUUCUGGGAAUAUGAAUUCAUGGAUUUCAACUUUUGGAGAUAAAAAGAAUGGGAAUUUUAUUUGUUUAUUUGAGACUGACCCAAACUUGAAAUCCAUGAAAGCAUGUCUCUCAGGAAGAUUGAAGUUUUCACAGUAUGAUAUAAGGGAGUUUAUUUUUCUGCUUUUUAGUAACAGUAAGUGUUCGCUAUGUGCGAUUUCUUUGUUUGCAUUUUAUAUGUAGCAUCAUGUUAAGUAUACUAGAGAUAUUUUCAAUUUUCAGGUCACAUACAUAAAUUCUACCUCUAAUGAUAUUUCUUUUGAUACUUGGUUAUAUUGAUGAUGCAUAAAAUAUGUUUGCUAAAUUGAUUUCACAGAAACAAGGUGAAGAUAUUUUACUGCCAGGCUCGGCCAAUUUUGAUAAGAAAGAGUCCUCAAGUGGUCGAGCAAUUUCAGAUGGAUCUGGAGGUGGAGCUAUAACGAAGAAGGCAUGGGAUCAGCGUUACAUGACUCCGCCCCUUGCAACAAGGCACAACUCUGUGUCUCUCCGAUCUCCAGCAAGUUCUCCGAACCUCUCAGUAAGAUCUGUUAUAUCUUCCCCGCCAACUAUAAAGAUAGAAGACUCCGUCCUUGAAUUCACCGACAGUGCCUCUGAUACAGAUCUACCCAUCAAUGAAUCCGACUCCAGCUCAUCAUCCAAUCAGAAUAAAUUGUUCCAACUUCCUCCUGUAAAUACCUGGGUACCUAAAGGAGAAAGUUUGUUCACAAGCAUUUUAGACUCAAGGUCCCCACAGGUUUAUAGAAGAACAACACCCACUGGUAAAACUGCCUCUUACCCACCGUCCCCUCAAAAUGGUAUUCAGGGCUCUAGAGUAUCUUGGCCCCAGGUCUCGCAAGCACAACCUUUAGAACUUGAUACCAAUGUCUCAGAUAGUGUAGCUGUUGAUAGUUCAAAACAUGGGCAGGUUACAAAAUCACCAAAACUUCUUACAAAAUGCACAAGUUUUGAUCUAGAAAGGUCUAAACCAUUUCCAUCAAGGUCAAGUAUGACUUCACCUAUGCUUCUAAGGAAACAUAUAAGUGCGGAAGAAUCUGAUACUGUCCCAGGUACUUUAGAUCAAGAUUCUAAAGAAGUGUCUAGACAUUCAGAAAUAUAUGAAAUAAAGCAUGACUCGGAAAAGAUUGAAGAAGAUGAUGAAAAUGGCACUGUUAGAAAUGCUGAGGAUGUCCCUCAGUGUGAAAGUGUAGCAAAUACAAGUCAUCAUGAUACAACUGUUGAAGCCAUUGCUGGUGAUAGUGCAGUAAAAUAUCUAGUUAUGAGUACAGCAGAUGAAUUUGAUGCAUCAAGAAUAAAUGAAUCUCUAGAAGAUCCAUCUAUUCCAGAGACAGAUAUAGUAGAUGAUUAUUAUAUAGGAAGUACGACUUUAGAAACACAGGAUUUAGUCGUUACAGAUGUCACAGAACAAUCUGCAAGUAGUAAAACUGUUAAAAAAUCAAAAGGGAAAAUCUUGUCAUCUGAUAAAGAUAAGGGAGCAAAGUUGAAGAAAUCGAAAACAAGUGACAUUAAUGGGCAUUUAGAGGGGAAGAAUUCCCCAAAGUCUGACAAGAAGACUAAAAAUUUGAAGAAGGGAUCAAACCAACCUAUUGAUGAAAGUAGUUCCAGAGCAAUAAGUAAAUCGUCUUCGAAAGAUCGUUCUUCUGAGAAGUCAAGGUCAAAGACUCCAGUUUCUACAAUGAGGUCUGCAUUACUUACAUCUGCUGCAAAACUGAAAUCUAUCGGGAAGAAAAAUCCUGUCACUUUAUUGAGUUACAAGUCACAUUCAAUCAGUAUUCCAGAUCAUAGUAGAAAAGCUUACAGACCAAGUUCUGUCUCAGAACGUGGUCAAUCAGCAAGAUCAAAAACAUCAAAAAUUCAUCAGACCGAAUCUAGUCCAACUGUCCUUGUUACUUCACAUGAAGUACGACAUAUGUCGGACGAUGAUUGUAAAGAAAUCUUGAAUAAACCAAGGUCAGUAACGCCACCAUUAAACAAAUCAACUUUGAGUAAAAGACAGAAGGCUUCAGAAAGACCUCCGGUACUUCUGUCAGUCCAAGGGUUAAGGAAAUCUUCGGUAGGUAAGUCUGCAGAGCAGACUGUUGUCAAGACAAAGCCAACUUCAGUAUCAGAAGACAACCAAAAGACAGAAAAAUCUGCAUCAAGUAUUAAGUCAUCCAGUGGCAAGCAAGUGAAGAGCUCACAGGCCAAAUCUAGUCCAUCGGCAAAACAAGUUAAACUAGAAAAACAUAGUCAAAGCAGUCAUUCUUCUGUGGCACCUAGACCAGUAAAAGAUUCACCUGUAUCACAGAGUAGUAAGACCUCAAGUAAAACAGGAUUGUCCACCACAAAAGAGGACAGGUCAAAGGUCAGACAAAGUACUAAAAGGGGCAGUAUCAGUUCUGUGAACUCUGAUUCUUCCAAACAUACAGACCAUUUCCGUGACUGUUGUCAUGGUAGAAGAAAAACUGAUAAAAAGUAAUACAAGCUGUUUUAUUGUCCAAUCAAUUGUGUUCUGUUCCUUUCCAGUGUGUAAGUUUAACAUGGCUGCAUCCAGUUUAAACAACUUAAUGGGAUAUUUAUACUAUAACCACUGGGAGGAAAUAUCACCAAAAGCUCGACUUCAUUGCUGUUUUAUUUUUUUCAAGGUUGAAAUGAAAUACUAUGUCAUAGAUGCAUUCAGUGCUAGUUUUUUUUACUAUAAGGUAAUCUGGUUACUUCUAGUAAAUUUCCUUAAAUUAAGCAUUUUAAGUGGGGGACCUUGAAGUUGAUUACAUGCAUUUAGAAAUGAGUAAUAAUGUAGCUCAAAUUUCAUUCACUGUUUUUUGUGUUAAUGUUUACUGUAAUUAAGUUCAUGUAUAUAGGACAUUGUACAAUGUGUAACUAAACUUGUAACAUUAUAUUUUAUGUAUGUUCAUAAUAUGAUAGUUUUAUAAUUGUACAUGCAUGAUUCAUUUAUGUACAGUUAGUAUGUGUUAUUAGCAUUUAUCAACUUGAAAAUGUGCAAUAUUUGUUUGGUUGUGUAUUUAUAGAUAAUCCUUGAAAAUAUUUUUGUUUGUAUAUCAAAAUCAUCAAUGCUGCAGAGAAAAACAAGUUAUUUAAUGCUUAGUUGAGUAAAAAAUCCUCUGGCUUCAUUGUUUUGAAAAUAGCCAAAUCAUAUCAUUUAUCUGUUGCUUUUUUAAUGUGGAUGUUACUAUGUUUUAUUUUUUCAAGAAUUUACAUUGAAUAUGUUUUACAAUUACAGUUUUAAGCUCACAUAACCGAAGGUUCAGGGUGAGCUAUUAGUAUAUGUUGAUGGUCCGUUGUCCGCAUUUUCACUUAAACAUCUUCUUCCCUGAAACUACUGCUCAGAAUAACACCAAAUUUGGUCUGUAGCAUCCUAGUGAGGUUCUCUAUCAAGAUUGUUCAAAUGGGGGCAUUUAGCCCCUUUUAGGGGCCGCUAGAGCUGAAAAUAAAAAACCUUUAAACAACUUCUUCUCAUGAACCGCUUGAUGGAUCUUCAUCGAAGUUGUUCUGUAGCAUUAUUAUAAGGUCCUGUCUGAAGUUUGUUCAAAUGGGGCCCCAUGUGGUUCUGGGACGAUCUGUGUAUGAAAAGAAUUGGAACCACUGCCUUACCAUUGCAUGAUCAUAAGAGGCGGCUAAUAGGGUCUUAACACUUGGUUUUGCUGUAACUCUGUGAUUCCAGCAGGUAUGCAAAUUUUGAUUCCAUACCUCAUGUUUUUAUUUUGAUGUAAAUGAGAUGUGAAACCAAAACUUAUAGUCCUGUUUGGCGCCAUAUAACCUAUACUGUGUUGGUGCGCUGUAAAACCCAAAUAAAUAAAUAAAUUGUUCAAAUGGGGGCACUUGGCCCCAUUUAGGGGUCGCUAGAGCCAAAAUAAGUAAUACCUUCAAACCAUUUCUCAUGAACGGCUUGAAAGAUUUCCAUCAAACUUGGUCUGUAAUAUCAUUAUAAGGUCCUCUCCCAAAGUUUUUAAAAUAAGGGCACUUGGCCCCUUUUAGGGGCUGCUAGAGCCAAAAUUAAAAAUACCUUUAAACGACUUCUUGUCAUGAAUCGGUGGUAGGAUCUUCUUCAGAAAUGGUCUACAGCAUCAUUAUAAGGUCCUCCCCACAUUUUGUUUAUAUGGGGGCACUUGGCCCCUUUUAGGGGCCACUAGAACUAAAAAUAGAAAUGCCUUUAAAAGACAUUUACUCAUGAACCACUUAAUAGAUCUUCAUCAAAUUUGAUCUAUAACAUCAUAAUAAGGUCCUCUCCCAAAUUUGUUCAAAUGAGGGCACUUGGCCCUGUUUAGGGGCCGCUUGAGCCAAAAUUAGAAAUACCUUUAAACGACUUCUUCUCAUAAACCAGUGGAAGGAUUUUUUUCAAAGUUGGUUUGUGGCAUUAUUAUAAGGUCCUCUCCCAAUUUUGUUCAAAUGGGGUCACUUGGCCCCUUUUAGGAUCCACUAUAAAUAAAAAUAGAAAUGUCUUUAAAUGACUCGUGAACCAUUUGAUGGAACUUAUCAAACUUGGUCUGUAGCAUCAUUAUAAGGUCCUCUCCCAAAUUUAUACAAAUGGGGGCAGUUGGUCCUUUUCAGGGGCCCCUUGAACUAAAAAUAGAACUGCCUUCAUAAGACUUCUUCUCAUGAACUGCUUUAUGGAUCUUCAUCAAACUUGACUUGUAGCAUUAUUAUAAGGCCCUUUACCAAACUUUUUCAAUUAGGGACAUUUGGCCCCUUUUAGCAGCUGCUAGAGCUUAAACUUGAAAUACCUUUAAACAAUUUCUAAUGAAUAGCUAGAUGGAUUUUCAACAAACUUGGUGUGCAGGAUCAUUAUAAGGUCCUCUCUCAAAUUUGUUCAGAUGGGGGCAGUUGGACCCUUUUAGAGGUUGCUAGGGCCAAAAGUAAAAAUACUUAUUAAUGACUACCUAUCAUAAAUCACUUGAUGGAUCUUUAUCAAACCAGGUCUGUUUCAUUAAUA